AUGAUUUCGUCGAUAACACUUCUUGGCUUCGUAUGUGUACUGCUGGGAAUGACUUCCAGUUUGGAGAUAAAAAUAGCUGUCAUUUUGCCUUUUGAUGAUGCUCGACUGUUCGGCGAUCGGAAGAUUGCACCCGCCAUAGAGGUGGCAAGAGACAGACUUAAAGAAGAUCAAAUCCUUUUGAAUUCGACGACAAUUGUGGUCCAUUACGAGGACUCUCAAUGCGAUAUUGCUCAUGGGAUUAACAAGGCGAUCAAGCUAUAUAUGGACCACGAAGUGCACGUCUUUUUGGGUCCGGUGUGUGACUUUGCCGUCGCCCCGGUUGCCAGGCAGUCCCGGUUUUGGAAUCUGCCAGUGGUUUCCGGCGGAGCGAUGGCGAGAGAGUUUGCCUUGUUUAAAAACACAACCUACUCCCAUCUGACGAGAGUUGGCCCUGUGAACUUCCAUUCACUGUCAAAACUAAUUGAAUUAAUUUUUAUUCACUUUAAAUGGAAACGUUUGAAGUUGUUGUACGAGGGCACAGGACAAGACAAAUAUGUGACAGGAUUCUGUCACCUAGCAACGGAAGCUGUGCAUUACAAUCUUCUUGACAAAGGAGCACCCAUUCAACAGGACUAUUUCCGGUUGGAUGGCAUUAAAGAUUACGCUGAAAUGCUGUCCAAAGAGGUGGCACAAGACUAUGCAAGUAGGUGGUAG